GAACAAAUAGGAAAUUAGCCACGUAGCAUGCAGCGUUUUGCACUUUCUCCUGCCUCGUUGUGCAGCAUACAAAGUUAUUUUAUAUCACGGGAAAUGAAGUAGCUUGAUGGGACGGAAGCUGUCGACAACUCCGCUUCUGGAGAGGAUUCUUGUGAGGAGCAUGUUCUCCUUCAGCAUAGUCGUCCGCAGACUCAGUUAACUUGUUUAGCCUGCACAGUCGGUUUUAUUAGCACAGUGUGCCAAGACUACAUGAUGCCAGAGGACAAAAACUGUAAGGUGGUGCAGCCAUCCAGGAGCUCUGACAAUAAGAAGAAGAAAACGCAGAAGAAGAGAAAGAAAGCCACUGUUUCCACCACUCCUCCAGAAAAUACAGAGAAACCUCAGGCUGUGUCUUUGCCCCCUGAGGCCUCGCUGGUGUCCGUGCUGCCCCUACAGAGUCCAGGUCAGCUUCAAACACAGCUACCCAAGCUCAGAGUGACCAGUAAGAAGGACGGAGAACGGCUCGCUGGCAGUGGCCAGAGGAGCAAAAAACAUCCAAAGGGUUCACCGGACCUGCUGACAGUGACAAACAAAGCCAGUGGGGAGCUCAGCACCCAGGCCAGGGAGAGCCUGAGGUGGGAAGGAGUGCUGGAGGACCCCCAGGCUGAGGAGAAGAGGCUGGAGCUGUACAGGGCCAACAGGCGGCAGCGUUACAUCGCACACAGAGACGCUCUGUUAAAAGAAACUCAGGUUGCCCUGAGACAGACUUUUUCUUGA